AUGUCUAUGUUCCAGCGAGAUCCGAGAGCUGGUGCAUUUCUAGGUGGUGAUCGUGUUUCCGGUCAGGAUGUUCGGGAUCAAAAUGUCAUCGCUGCCCAAUCUAUCGCCAAUAUAGUAAAAAGCUCUUUAGGCCCACUUGGCCUCGACAAAAUGCUCGUCGAUAAUAUCGGGGAAGUCACUAUAUCCAACGACGGUGCAACCAUUUUAUCGCUUCUCAAUGUUGAAAAUCCUGCAGGCCGUAUUUUUGUGGAUCUCGCACAAAAGCAAGACAAAGAAGUGGGAGACGGCACGACCUCUGUGGUCAUUAUUGCGGCUGAACUACUUCGACGUGCUAACGAGCUCGUCAAAGCCAAGAUACAUCCCACUACGAUCAUCACUGGAUACCGACUUGCGUGUAAAGAAGCGGUCAAAUUUAUGCAGGACCAGUUGAGUGUGAAGGUGGAUGCACUUGGGAAGGAUGCCUUGAUCAAUGCCGCGAAAACGAGUAUGUCGAGUAAGAUCAUCGGAAGCGAUGAUGACCUCUUUGCUCCCAUGGCCGUCGAUGCAAUGCUCGCCGUGAGGACCAUAAAUUUACGGGGUGACAUAAAGUACCCAGUCAAAGCCGUCAACGUUUUGAAAGCACACGGACGAAGUGCACGUGAAUCCCUCUUCGUAAAAGGAUACGCCCUGAACUGCACUGUUGCCAGUCAAGCGAUGAAAAAGAAAGUCAUAAACGCCAAGAUAGCAUGUCUGGACAUUAACCUUCAGAAAACGCGUAUGCAGCUCGGUAUCCAGAUUCUGGUCGAUGAUCCUGACCAGCUCGAGGAGAUUAGAAAACGUGAAUUUGGAAUGACUCUGGAUCGGAUCCGAAAAAUAUUGGCUGCUGGUGCAAAUGUCGUUUUAACCACAAAGGGUAUCGAUGAUCUCUGCUUGAAAGAGUUUGUUGAAGCCGGGGCCAUGGCAGUACGCAGAUGUCGGAAAGAAGACCUUCGAAGAAUAGCGAAAGCAACUGGAGGGCAAUUGAUUUCGAGUAUGGCUAAUCUCGAGGGAGAAGAGACGUUUGAAAGCAGUUAUCUUGGGUCUGCCGACGAGGUCGUGCAGGAGCGAAUCUCGGAUGACGAGCUCAUUCUGAUCAAAGGAACGAAGACCGUUAACUCAUCCUCGAUCGUUCUUCGUGGAGCAAAUGACUAUAUGCUUGAUGAGAUGGAGCGUGCGCUGCAUGACACACUUUCGAUCAUCAAGCGAACGUUGGAAAGCGGUACUGUGGUCCCCGGUGGUGGUGCUGUUGAAUCUGCUCUUAGCAUAUAUCUGGAGAAUUUUGCAACGACGCUGGGUUCACGAGAACAACUCGCCAUAGCCGAAUUUGCCGGUGCGCUGCUCGCGAUUCCCAAACAGCUUGCAGUCAAUGCCGCCAAAGAUUCCACUGAAUUGGUUGCCAAACUAAGGUCCUAUCACCAUACUGCUCAAAACGCGCCAGUCGGCGACCCUAAAAAGAUUUUGUUGCGAUACGGUCUUGACCUUUUGAACGGUGAAGUCCGUGACAACGUUGCUGCUGGUAUACUGGAGCCCACAAUCAGCAAAGUUAAAAGCUUGAAAUCUGCGUAUGAAGCUGCGAUAUCACUGCUCAGAAUAGACGAUGCCAUUCAGUGCAUUCCAGAACCCAAAGGCGAACCAGAUCCACACGCGCAUUAA